GUAACAAUUAUUGUCAAGAUGUUUUUUUUUAGAUAAAUAUGUGGAAACAAUGGACUAAUAAGUUGAAAACAGAUAACUAAAAAAUAUAUCCAAAUGUUUGCAGAAGAAUAUACUCGCUAUACUUUGCUGAUGCAAAGAAACAAUUCGUCAUGGAGCUUAGAUAAAAGAACUGUGAUAUUGAUAAUUGCCUUAUCGCUACCUGUUUUUGUAUUUUGUGUGGCUUAUGUGACUCUGUUUGGAAUCUACGAAAAAAUUGUUUAUCCACAUUCCCUAAAUUUGAAAGAAGUACCUCAACAUGGCUUACACCGUGCACUUUUAUACAAUGCAUUUUCAAAUGAAGGAAAUGUAACUCGAGACUUGCAUUUCAAGGUAGGUCAAAAUAACGAUGCGCCGGCAUAUAAACUGGUUUGCUACUACAACUUUCCUUCGAACAAACAAUCACUGCAAGUAAAGGACUUGGAUUCAACUCUGUGCACACACAUAAAUGCUGCUUUCGCUCGAGUCGUCAAUAAUUCCAUGUUUUUAGACCAAGACAGUCAAAACGUGCUUACGGAUUUAGUGAAAUUGAAAGAAACAAAUAAAAACCUAAAAAUUUUGUUGUCUGUCGGCGGCGCUGAGGAACCGAAUGGAUAUUUGGACAUGGUUAUGAAUCACAAAAAUAGGAAGCAGUUCAUCAAGUCAGUUCUGUAUUAUGUUAAAAACUACAACGUGGACGGGGUAGAUUUGGACUGGGAGUUCCCCAACGAGGCUCCCAGUGGAGACAAACACCAACGCACGCAUUUCACGCAGCUCUUGGAGGAGCUUAGGCAAACUGUAAACCUUCAGACAAAAUACAAAUUCUUGGUAUCGGUGGCUGUCGCGGCUCCAACAACCAUCAUCGAGAACUCCUACGACGUCCCGUACAUGAAUGAGUAUGUGGAUUACAUCAACCUGAUGUCCUACGACUACCAUUUCUACACCAGGUUUACCCCGUUUACGGGGAUAAAUUCACCACUGUACGGUACGAGUAGUGAGAAAUAUUACUUGGCCACCUUGAAUAUUAACUACUCGUCGAAUUAUUGGAAUUAUUUGGGGAUGGACCGCAGCAAGAUAAUAGUAGGGCUUCCAACGUACGGCCACACCUUUAGACUUACCAACAUCUGGAACAACGGCCUAUACGCGCCGUCUUUGGGUUUCGGAAACCUGGGCUCUCUAGGUUUCGUCGACUACCCCGAAGUGUGCGCCUUCCUGUCGUCCAAUCACAUCACGCCCGUCUUCGACAUGGACACCAAGAGCCCCUACGCCUCCAAGUCCCACGAGUGGAUUUCUUUCGAUAACACCGAGAGUUUCAUGUACAAGUCGGAAUUCAUCAGGGACAACAAGUUCGGGGGCGCCAUGGUGUACUGUCUGAACAGCGACGACUACCGGGGGGUGUGCCAGAGCCCCGAGGGUAACGGGAAAAAGUUCCCGCUGGUAAAGGUGGCCCGGCAGAUUCUGGCGGAGCCGGGAACGUGAUCUUCGCGGGUCGUGGUGGAGGGUGUGACGGGGUUCGGGGUAGGGUUUGGUUUCUUUGUUGGUUUUUUUUUUGUGAAAUGUUUCGGUAAUUAUUUAUUAUAGCGGAAAACUUUCUUCGUGUACUCUUUGUUUUCCAUGGUGUCGAACACGAAUCCGAAUUGUGCGGUCGAAGUUUGUUUCCGAGAAAUUUUUUUCAAAAUUCUGACCCGUGCGCUUAAUGCAACGCUCAUCGUCACUAUUUGCAACGCUAUAUCGUCUGUAUAUCUUUUAAAUGAAAUUUUAAUAGUUCGUGGGAUCAUAUUUUUUGUUUUUUUUAAGGAAAACUAAAAA